ACUAAGAAAAAUCAAAGGCGAUUGACCUGUUUGGCAGCCCAUGAACCAAUGUGCUGGUGUGGAGUCUGUUAAUAUUUAAAUGAUCUUUCAAAUUGUGUUUAGGUAAGUGAAGAGCUGUUCUCCUGCUGCUGACCUCAGAAGGUGAAGAUGUCUGAAGAGGAAGAAAAACUUAAUCUGCGUCGCCUUGAGCCAGCAAUCCAGAAGUUUAUUAAAGUCGCAGUUCCAACGGAUCUGGAGAGGUUAAGAAAGCAUCAGAUAAAUAUUGAAAAGUAUCAGAGGUCCAGACUGUGGGACAGAUUACAUGAAGAGCACAUCAAUGCAGGCCGCACUGUUCAGUUGCGAGCAAAUAUUAGAGAGAUGGAGAAGCUUUGUUUACGGGUCCGGAAGGAAGACGUCCAGAGUUUGCAGAGGAUGAUCAAGCCAGUGAAAGAGCAGGCUUCGGUUGCCAUAAAAGAAUUUCUACAACUCCAUUUGGAGUCUGCAGAAGAACUUAAAAAACAGUUUAAUGAGACAGAGCCAUCGUUGCAGACUUCUUUAACCAGAUCUACAACAAUAGGAGCAGAAACCUUUUAUAACCAUGAAGAUGAAGGAGCCUCUCACGGCUAUAGCCAGGUGCUUCUCCCACUCCCAGAAAUCCCCCAGGAUCAAAAUGCGGCAGAAUCAUGGGAGAUGCUAGAAGAGGACUUAAUUGGACUCAGCAACCUGGUGACGGACUUCUCUGUGCUAGUUAAUGCUCAGCAGGAGAAGGUUGACCGGAUUGAAGACAAUGUCAACACUGCCGUUGCGAAUGUCGAAGAGGGAACCAAGAAUUUGUCUAAGGCCGCGAAAUACAAGCUAGCAGCUCUCCCUGUGGCCGGCGCGCUCAUUGGGGGAAUUGUGGGUGGCCCCAUUGGACUCCUGGCAGGUUUCAAAGUGGCCGGAAUCGCAGCGGCACUUGGCGGGGGCGUGUUGGGCUUCACGGGUGGAAAACUGAUCCAGAGGAAGAAGCAGAAAAUGAUUGAGGGCCUCUCCUCCAGUUGCCCGGACCUUCCUAGACAGAGUGACAGAGAAUGUAGCUGAAGUGUCCUCAGCACCUUCUCCCCAGCCAGGCUGACGAAACAGCUGCUCUUCUUUUGGAUCUAACUUGGGUCUGUACGCAGCAAGCCCGGGCCUCUUUCCCGUCAGGGAUGCAGAAAGGGUGAUGCGGGUAAACUUUCUUGGACGGAGGCGGAGAACCCACCCGUCCCUUUAUUUCUGAAUAUGGGGAGCAAGGCGCAGUUCAGCGUCAGAAGACGGCGAAGGCAAGUCCGAGGGGGUGUGUGCCGAGCGAACGCCUUCAUCUGUUUCUGGCCUGUGCCGGAGUUGAGGGCGUUACAAUGUUCACGCAAUGCCUUUUCCUGGUGAAACGGACGGGAGGCGCAGACGGCAUUUGAAGAUGUCAGACGGUUGGGUGCCUGGACGGCUCCUCCUUUCCUCACGCCUUUUAUUCUGCUCAAGGGCACGAAUACCACUUUGCAGUAUAAUUGUCCUUCAAGCUUCUCUGUGGCAGGAUAUUCCGGUUAAGUUUGAAGUUCACGCGCUUGCCUCAGGCUACGGCAACCCUCUCCCUUUUUUUUUUCAUGCAGUACACCUUGCCCAACCUGGUGGCCUCCGGCUGUGUUGGACUGCAACUCCCAUAAUCCCACAGCCAGCUGGCUGUGGGAUUAUGGGAGUUGCAGUCCAACACAGCCGGAGGCCACCAGGUUGGGAAGGCUGCACUACGCUUCUUAAAUUCUAUUUUUACAAGUGGGGCUCCCUGAAUCUUAAUUUCACAGGUUUUAAGUCAGGAGUCUAGCUCUCUUCUUUUAAAGUGCUACUUCGAGGCAAACCAGAACAGGGCCUGGUGGGUGAAUUCUCUCAAUUUUCAGCCCAUCUUUAGAAGCUUCAAAACUUUAGCCCAGUUUUGAAGCCCUUUUACUGGCCAAGCCUCUUGUUCGAGAUGUAUUUGACUGGGCACUGCUUCUCCCACCAACCUCUGAAUGCCUCUUCCCCCUACCGCUGUGAUGGGAAGGAAUUAAAUGAUCAGCCAAAGAUGAGGCCAUGCUGGUCUCAACCAAAGCUUUCUGCUCUGCCAAAUGUUUUUAAAAAUAUAUAUUAUGUGUCAGUUUGCUGAUUUCUGAAUAAGAAGCAGAGGUGGGGGUUUUUUUUUUGGUUAAAGCUCCCUAAAUUUAUAUGAAAAGUUUUAUACAAGAGUCCCAUUUCCUCGCUCAAACGAAAUACUAACGCACUACAUUGAAAGACAACUUCAGCGUUUUCUACUCCCACCAGAUAAUGACACUGAAAUGACAUGUGCUGGAAAUAGCAGGACUGAUUCUUAGAAAAGGUCUCCUCCUGUCUGAAUGCUGAGCCCGGCUGGUUUUUUGUUCCUCCAAUAUGGAUUUGGGAUUUCAUCAUUGCUUUUUCUAGUCUAUGAAGAGCAGCAGACAGGAGUGUGACGUGAGUGGGAUUGUUAUGGCCCAUAAUACUCGUAGCGGUCAUUGAAUUGUGUGUGGGAAAGGGGUGUCCCACCUCCUCACCCCGCUUCUGCCCCUGGCAAAGCUCAGCUAGAGAUUUUGGGCCGGUCUGCCAAGUGCUAAAAUGUGGGGCCGGGUGCUAUGGAAAUGUUUCCUGGGGCUCUGCGUUGUAUGCAGUCCCCAAAGCACAAAACUGUUUCAUUAGGUAAUUUUUGUCAAUGCAAAUUUUCAAAGUGACCUAGAAAAUAAAAUUCUUUUAAAUAUA